AUGCCUGGUUAUUUUGGACCAGUGCCUACAUGGUCACCGACUUUUAUACCAUAUCCAGUUGGCAACCCAUUUCAACAUAUCAUGGAACCUCCUACUCUUAUCAGCAAUACAAGCUCCGCCACAAGCAGAGUAGUUGGUUCAGAGGAUAAUAGACCUGAUGGUGGGGAAACUUCAGCGCCAUGUGGAUCUCCACGAGCUGAAGAAUGUACUGAGCAUAAACCAAGUCCUACGGAACCUGAUCAUGAUGAUACAAUUGAGGAGCCAAAGUCGGGAAUGGAGUUUAAUUCCUUUGAAGAUUUAUUAAGUUAUUAUAAGGAAUAUGGUAAGAAAUGUGGGUUUGGGGUGAUGACAAAACGGACCGAGAGGGGAGAAGAUGAGUCUGUUAGAUAUGUCACCCUUGCUUGUGCUCGCGGUGGGAAGGCCCGGAAUAGGACGUUGAAUGUUGCUAACCCACGGCCGGCAGGGAAAACUGAAUGUAAGGCAAAGAUUAACGCCUUAAGGCAAGAUGGUGUGCUUCGGUUGACGACAGUACAUAAUAUCCAUAACCACGGCCUCAGUCCAAAGAAAUCUCGCUUUUUCCGAUGUAAUAGAGAAGUUAGUGAUGCUGUAAAAAGGGUCCUCGAUACAAAUGAUUUGGCUGGCAUCCGAACAAAUAAGAGUUACGGAUCUCUUGUUGUUGGCGCGGGUGGAUUCGAGAACCUCCCAUUUUUGGAAAAGGAUUGUCGUAAUUAUAUUGACAAGGCCAGACAUUUACGACUUGGAGCAGGUGGUGCUGGAGCGCUCCGAGAUUACUUUUUACAGAUGCAGUACAAAAAUCCUGGGUUCUUUUAUAUGAUGGAUAUAGAUGAUGAGGGGAGGUUAAAGAACGUCUUCUGGGCAGACCCCCGUAGUAGAGCAGCGUACCAAGAUUUUGGUGACGUGGUCACAUUCGACACCACGUACCUAACCAAUCGAUAUGGGAUGCCCUUUGCACCAUUUGUUGGUGUAAACCACCAUGGACAGUCAAUUUUGUUGGGGGCAGGCCUGAUUUCCAGUGAGGAUACCGAGACCUUUGUGUGGUUAUUCGAGACAUGGUUGCAAUGCAUGGAUGGUAUCGCUCCGAAGGCUAUUAUCACUGUUCAGGAUAGAGCGAUGAAAAAUGCGAUCGCUCUUGUUUUCCCAAAAACCCGGCAUAGAUUUUGUCUUUGGCAUAUACUAAAGAAAGUCCCCGAGAAGCUUGGCUCAUAUAGUUUGUACAAAACUGGGAUGAAAAAUGCAUUGAUGAAAUGUGUCUAUGACACCCAACUUGUUGAUGAGUUUGAGAAAUGUUGGGAUCAGUUGAUUAACACUUAUAACUUACAUGAGAAUGCGUGGUUGCAAAGCCUAUAUGUUGAGCGUGAACAUUGGGUACCGGCAUAUCUGAAGGAGUGUUUUUGGGCUGGAAUGAGUACAACGCAGCGAAGCGAGAGCAUGAAUGCAUUUUUUGAUGGUUAUGUUCAUACUAGGACAAACUUGAAGGAGUUUGUAGACCAAUUUGAUAAUGCCUUGAAAAAAAGAUUGAGAAUGAAAAUCUUGCGGACUUCCAGUCAUUUAAUGCCACAAUCCCCUGCAUAUCUAGAUCUCCGAUUGAAAAGAGGUUUCAAGAGUUGUACACGAAUGUAA